AGUACCAGUCUUCAGACAAUCUUCCCGUCCAAUAUGGAAGCCAUUGCUUGACAAUUACUUAUUUUAAAAGAAAAGAAAUAAGUACAGAGACCAUUCACUAAAAAGACAUCACGUAUUAACUCAAGCGACCCUAUGGACCACAAAGUGCUAUUACGGGCGAUUCUCGAUAGCGCGUUGAAAAUUGAACCAAUCGAAACCGCUUUUUCAGGCUGCUUGGUACAGAAAGAAAGUGACAAUGUUGAUGUCGAGGCAUUAUUUCUCAAGCUGUUCAAGCCAUUUUGGGUGAAGCUUCCAGCAGAGUCCCGCGAGACUAUCCUAACAGAGUUUGUGGCCUACAUUCAUCAGCAGAAUAAUCUCAGAAGAAUAGAGUUAUGUUUUGGUUUGCUUGCAAGUCUUGUUGCAAAUAGUGUAGUAUUACCAAGGUCUGUGUGUGAGGCUGUUUUGAAGUCAGAGCAUCUGAAAUUUGAUGAUGAAGUUAAAUGGUGCAAAUCAUUUCAACUUUUAAGGGUAAUUUCAGGCGGUACUGACUACAAGGGCUGCCGAGAUGUACUUAGUCUUGUUUUUCAAAAAUUUAAUUUGAUUCCAAAAGAGCCAGACCCAGCCUAUACAGACCGCAUAGAAUGUGCAGUAAAGGUUGUACAGUAUAUACUUGACAGGAAAGCCUGUCUUCUUCCAGCCUACUUUGUAAUUAAUGAGAUCUUUAAAGAUUUUCCUGAAGGGAAGGCAACCCCACAUUGGUCUCUGAGCAAGCUUCUGUCCGAUUAUGUAGACAGCUUCCGACCUCUUGCUCACAUGGUUACCGUCACGGGCCGUCCACUGCUCCUGCCAAUCAUUGGGCAUCCCAGCUCAUCUAUUGGUGUAUGGAAACUGGAUCCGGCAACACUCAGCUUCCCCAUGAAGGGCUUGCUCCCCUAUAACAAGAGUUUAUUCAAGCCUCAGAAGAACCUUCUCCAGUACGUUAUUGGUCAGCCUUAUUCUCGUGAGAUCAUUUGUUCAAUGCUGGGGCUGAAUAAACAGCAAAAACAGCGCUGUUUGGCGCUCGAGGAACUUCUCGUGGACCUUAUCGUCAUCGCCAUGGAGAAAUCUGAACACGACCAGUCGGGACUUGAUGACACUGCCUGUCAGUUGCUAUGGCAACACCUAUCCAGCCAUCUCAUCUUCUUCGUGCUGUUCCAGUUUGCGAGUUUUCCACACAUGGUGCUAGCGCUUUAUGACAAGUUGCAAGGCCGUAACUUGCGUCAGGGCAGAGAUCAUCUUAUGUGGGUUCUCCUACAGUUUAUAUCUGGAAGCAUCCAGAAAAAUCCGAUUAGUGACUUCAAGCCAGUAAUAAAACUCUUUGAGUUACUGUAUCCUGGGAACGAGCCUCUACCAGAGCCAGAUAUAAAUCAUGCAGAUUCCAUCCACUCACUGGCAAUGGCCUGUAUUUGGAUACAUUUGUCGAAAAAGGCUGAAGGGGAAAACAUCAAGUUCCCGUUUUCAACUUGUCACACCCUCCGCAAACAGCUAGAGUAUAUUGAAAAGUGCUCUGCAAGCAAACCAACCGCGUUAUCAUCUUCAAAUUUCACGAUUCCUUUACUGUGCAAUGCCUAUAGCACGAUACCGAACAAGUUUACUGUGGCUAUGUCAGUCCUGGUCGAGAUGUGUUUUGGAAAUGGUAAACCCAGUACCCCCCUUCCUGGCCCGUCCAACACUGUCGCCGCAAGCCCGACCGUACCAUGUCCUCUUAGCCUGCUGGAUUCGCUUUCAGUGCACGCUAAGAUGAGUCUUAUUCACAGCAUCGUUGCGCGUAUUAUCAAGAUGGCCACAUCUGGGACCUCUCUGGCAUUAGCGCCAGCUCUCGUGGAGACGUACAGUCGUCUUCUGGUUUACAUGGAGAUAGAAUCACUCGGAAUACGGGGAUUCAUCAGUCAUCUUCUGCCAAAUGUGUUCAAGAGUCAAGCAUGGGGCAUCCUGCACACCCUGCUAGAAAUGGUCAGCUAUAGACUACACCAUAUUCCGCCAAACUACAGGGUCACUCUGCUAUCUCACUUGCACACCAUAGGGGCCGUCCAACAAACCAAUCAUAACCAGCUAAACUUGUGCGUUGAGAGUACCGCUCUGCGCCUGAUAACAGGGCUUGGUAGCUCUGAGGUUCAACCGCAGCUUUCCAAGUUCAUAGCUGAACCCAGACAGAUCUUGUCUGCGGAAUCCGAAGAGCUUAAUCGAGCACUGGUUCUAACUAUCGCCAGAUCCAUGCACGUGACAGGAGCCGAGUCUUCCGGUAACUGGUGUGAUGGCAUUCUUGGCGUACUUAUUGCCAACACUCCGCACAGCUGGGCGUCACAUACGCUCGCUUGCUUCCCUCAGCCGCUUCAGCAGUUCUAUAGCGAGAAUCCGACUGACCGACCCGUCAAGACCAAGCAGGCACUACGCAACCACGUGGAGGAGGAGUAUCGACGGUGGAAGUCGAUGACUUCCGAGCACGAAUUGUUGGCACACUUUACUGACCCGACCUUAUCAAAUGUGUUUAUAUGUAUUCUAUGGAAGGUGCUCUUGGACACCGGCAGGCUUAGUCCGCUCUGUCACAAGAUACUCGAGCAACUCGGAGCGCGUGCUCUGUCGAGUCACGUGCGCUUCUUUGCGGAUUUUCUCGUCUAUGAGUUCUCGACAUCAGGAGGAGGCAAACACGUGAACAAGUGUAUUCAGCACUUGAAUGACUUGAUUUGGAAGUACAACGUGGUAACACUCGAUCGCCUGGUUCUUUGCCUGGCACUUCGUAGUCAUGAGGGGAAUGAGGCCCAAGUUUGCUUCUUCAUCAUUCAGUUGCUGCUGCUCAAACCGCAGGAAUUUCGGAAUCGAGUCAACGCCUUUGUGCGGGAGAACUCCCCGCAGCAUUGGACCCAGACGGACUGGCACCAGCGACACAUGGCGUACCAUACGAACUACCCGGAACGGUUCUAUUUCGAGGGACUUCUAGAGGUAGCUGGUAACGCCGUACCUCCCGUGCAGUAUUUACCGAUAUACUUCGGUAACGUAUGCCUCAGGUUCUUACCGGUUUUUGAUAUCGUGAUUCACCGGUUUCUUGAGCUUCCGCCAGUCUUCAAGUCUCUAGAGAGCCUUCUCGACCAUCUCGGCUCACUCUACAAGUUCCACGAUCGUCCCGUGACUUAUUUGUACAACACGCUUCAUUAUUAUGAUGCUUGCCUGCACGAGAAAGCGUCGCUCAAGAAAAAGCUUGUCGGUGCUAUUAUUGGAGCGCAAAGAGACAUACGCCCCCAGGGAUGGUGUCUCUCCAAGGGUUAUGUGGACUUUCUCUCAUGGAGUGACGAAAGCCAAUGGACACCAGACCUUGCCUACUAUUGUAAUUUGAUUGGCCGCGUCGUUGACACCAUCGCUGAACGGACGCCGCCUCCCUUCCCGACAUGCGACUGGCGCUUCAAUGAAUUUCCAAACCCCGCCGCGCAUGCACUACACGUGACUUGCGUUGAGCUGAUGGCGCUUCCGGUUAGCGGCAAGCAGGUCGGCUUCCGGUUGUUUGACGUCAUCUAUCGCGGUAGCACUGUCGUACCGCGCGAAUCCCGGAUGAGGGAUCAGUUAAUGGCCUGGAUAAACGCAGUGGGACUUGUUAUGACGUCACUUCCGGAGGCGUACUGGACGGUGAUUUACGACAAGAUAUGCGAGGUGUUGCAAAAUGACCUUCAGUCCAAGGAUGUAUCUCCCUCGCCCAUAAUCCACGAAGAGACGUUUCGCCCCGCCAUGUUCCCCUACUCUUUUUUCGACUUUGAGACCAACGUUGCCAUGCACUCCGAGACUCACGCGGACUACGUCAUGGCACUCACGCAUGCGCUAUGGCACCACACUAGCAUUGGUCAGCUGACACUUGUACCCCAAUUGUUGCGGUCCCGUAUCUCGCCGCUGGUCGGUAACGAGGCUCAGUUUCUUUAUCUGUGUCGGCUUGUUGGACCGUUCCUUCAGCGAUUCCAGCAGGAGAGGACACGCUGCCUUCAGGAGGUCGUUAUUGAGCUCUACCAUUUGCUUGAGAAGAUCGACAAGGAAGCGCAGCAUCUUUACCACAUCGACAUCAUUUGCGACUUUAUGUACCACAUCAAGUACAUGUUUGUUGGAGAUCUCAUCAGAGAACAAGUCCAGAAAGUCAUCCCUAUGUUACGCCACUCAUUACAAGUCAGGCUUAGGUUUAUGACACAGACUUCGGUCAAACGAGAAGAGACCACGUGAAACGGUAAAGAUAACACGUGACCAGACGUAAAUCACCCCAAGUUUCGCCUACUCGCUACAACUCCGGUCAAACUAGAAGAGACCAAGUGAUAAGCCCACGUGAUAGAAUAAAUGUUCACGUGAUAGGGUCUGACAGCAGGUGAACAGCAGUCGCAUCAAUAAUAUCCCUCGCCUAAAAGUGUGAAGAACAUUUGAAUCACAAGGCGUUUUCCAGCCGGCGGAAGGCUGUACAAGACAGAAGCUAUGAUAACUCAGUAAUGGAACAUAUCUUCGAUCACAUAGUGACCUUAUGUAUGAUAUACACCUUGUAGAUAAAGUAUCAAAAUAA